GUUUGAAAUUGCACUUGCUUUUGAAUAGACGUGAAUCCAACUGGGAGAGCAUUUCGGAAAUAUAUACAUACCAACAACGAUGAGUUAUUUUUUGCAUUUCAAGCUGCUCGUCCUGUGCUGCUUUUGCCUCCAUCGCUCCCAGUGCUUGUCACAAAACGAUGUCCUGUUCCUGGGCAAAACCCCUUCGUGGGAGGACGACCUGGACUGGAGCCAGGCCAACUGGCGGCUGGUUGUGCCCUGGCUGAUGCAGCGCCAGGAGCUGCGCUUCUGCGUGGCCCUUGCCAGGUUCGACGAGCGCCUGCUCCAGGGCACCACCUGUGGUCCGCUGAUGGCGAACAAGCCGCUCAUGGCCAGCUGCGACAUUGGAAACAUCGAGGAUCUGACCAUGACCAUGCGGUAUGCCUUUGGCGAACUACUCUUCGAUACCAGCCGCCGGUGUCGUCCUGGCCUGGAGCUCUUCGGUGUUCGGUGCCGGCGAAGGGCAUGAGUUAUUGGGAUUUUUUCAAAGGGAAGUAAAGACUUUGGAUUAAUAUUACUGGGUAGUCUUACAAAUUUAAGUAUUUUUUUUAAGUCUGUGUAUAUUUAAAAGAGUUGGGACAAGUUGUAAUUUAAAUAAAGUAA